AAAACGCUGCACUUACAGCCAUAGGCUUUAAGUAUUCGUCACCAUGUCUCCAGGUGAACUGUUGGAGAAGUAGCGUCCUCGCUACAUGGUCUAUUAGGAAACAUGAAGAUUUCUACUCUCUGUGUUUUGCUUUUAAUGACUGUCUGCUGUUCCAUUCUGGUAGACGUUGCUUUUGGCCUUGACAAUGAAGUCGAAAUGAGCGAAGAUUUCCUUCGAGACAACAGAGCCAUCAGGGACUACAUAAAGAAGGCAGACAACAAAGCGAAAGCGUUUGACGAUAUCCAUGACAGGCUACUUGCUGCUGGGAUGAAGGUGCGAGCAGAGAAGUUUAUGGAAAGAGUACAGGCUUACUUGGAAAAGCAUCGCGAAAGCCGCAAGGGCCACCAUGGACGGAAGGACCUGCCCAGGCAACGUGAAGACUACGUGAAAAGCUUUCGCGGUCGCGGAGGUCGCCGUCAUAAAGGUCGCCGUCAUGGGGGCUACGGCCGUCGUGGGGGCUAUGGCGGUUAUAGAGGUUAAUGUCUAAUGUUGAUGAUGGUAGUGGCUUAGAACUCGGUAACACCUCCAGUCCACUAUGGUGUCCACCUCUCUGUGGUAGGGCUGCUACAUGAAAUUUUGACAGCUAGAUCGCUCUACAAAUAAAAUUGACUUUUUGCACGUGCUA